AUGUCCGCAGAACUUGACAAGUCUCUUGACCAGAUCAUGCAAUCGCGCCCUAAAAACCGCCGUGGAGCUAGCCGUCGCUCGAGUGCCCCAGCAUCGACUAGUGCUCGUCAGCGCUACGCGGGUGCUGCACCCGAGUCGAAGCGUGGUCAAGUUCCGGCUUCUACCGCCGGCGGUGCCCCAGCGCAAUCGAUUGCCCAGAAGAUUAUGGUCUCUGGCCUUCCACCCGAUGUUAACGAGGAGCAAAUCAAGGAGCUCUUCCAAUCCACCGUCGGCUCUCUGAGCUCCGUCCAGCUCAACUUUGAUUCGCAAGGUCGCUCCAAAGGCACUGCCACGGUUAUUUUCCAGAAAAAGGGCGACGCCAACAAGGCCUUUUCUCAGUACAACAACCGCCUUAUCGAUGGGAAACGCCCGAUGAAGAUCGAAAUCGUCAUGGACCCCACCAAGGUUCCUCCCCCACCCCUGGCUUCUCGUGUGGCUCCUGCUCCAGAGGCCAAGCAACCCGCUGCCGCCAAGGCUACUGCAGGUGGGGAUGCGAAGCCCAAGACCGGCAAACCAGGACGUGCUGGACGUGGUCGCCGUCGCAAGAACAACAACGAACGCCCAGCUAAAUCUGCUGCUGACUUGGAUGCUGAGAUGGAGGUUUACAAGGCAACCCCUGAUGAGGCAACUGCAUGA